AUGCUUCCUGACCUACGCCUCAACUGGAGUAAUAUAUUAGAGCUCACAAAUUUGUCAGUUCCUGUUUUGAAAGAGUACGUUAACCUUCUAGACAAAAUAGAUGUAAACUGUGAGAAAAUUCUCCAAGGUGAUAAACAAAUUAUCGAGGACGCUAAACGUUGGGUAUAUGACGCUGGCUACGCUGAAAAGGCACUGUUUGAAGCAAGAGACAAGUAAGA